AUGCAAGUCGGACGUAAAUCGUGUUGGAGGCAGUUGCAGGCUUCUUUUUUCAGACUGCUAUGUCUUAUCCCCACAGGAUUCCCCGUCCGGAGUGUGGAUAUGCAGCGGGCAACCGACAACAUCACCGUUCGCCAGGGCGACACAGCGAUUAUAAGGUGUUAUGUUGAUGACAAAGUAUCCAAGGUGGCCUGGCUCAAUCGAUCCAACAUCAUCUUUGCCGGCGAGGACAAGUGGUCUCUGGACCCCAGAGUAGAUCUGGUCACUAAAGGACAGCUGGAGUACAGUCUGCGCAUACAAAAGGUGGAUGUGUAUGAUGAGGGGUCUUACACCUGCUCCAUACAGACUAAGGAGCAACCCAAGCCCUCACUGGUCUACCUCAUUGUACAAGUUCCAGCCAACAUCUACAAGAUGUCAGACGACAUGAUAGUGAAUGAGGGCAGUAACGUGACACUCAGCUGUUUGGCCAGUGGCAGGCCGGACCCACUAAUCACCUGGCGGCUGCUUAACCCUUCAGCAGAACCGUUGGAUGGAGAGGAGUACCUGGACAUUAUAGGUAUCAUGCGAAACCAAGCGGGUCGUUAUGAAUGCAAAGCCAGCAACGACGUCGCCACGCCUGAUGUCAAAUACGUCAAUGUGGUUGUCAACUACCCUCCGACAAUAAAGAAAGCCCAGAGCUCAGAGGCCCAGGUGGGCCGCAUGGGGACGCUGCAGUGUGAGGCCACCGCUGUGCCCCCACCAGAGUUUGAAUGGUACAGAGACGAAAAAAGGCUGUCCCAGGGCACCCAGGGCAUCAAAAUCCAAUUUCUUGGCAGUACCACUAUUCUCAUGAUUACCAGCGUCACCGAAGAGGAUUAUGGGAAAUAUACCUGUGUGGCCUCGAACCGACUGGGCGUCCAGAAUGCCAGUGUUUUCCUCUAUAGACCUGGGACAGGUCGAGAUAUCAACGGCUCUGCCUGUGUAUCUCAAUCACUGUGGCUCCUGCUGGCCUGCUUCGCUUGCCUUUUCUUCAAGUGUUAAUACUGCUGUCCUCCUCUCCUCUCCUCUCCUCUCCCCCACCCCGGCCUCCCUUCCUCCCUCUCCUCCUUCUC